UCAGCCUCGGUUACGUUGGUGCGAUGGUAUAUAAUGAUCAGCGUCAGAGAUGCCGGUAUCACUUCCUCUUCUGAAGUACCAUAUUCAGCAUGAACACCAAGGUCGUCGUCCUCCUCUGUCUGGUAGCCGCUGUUGCUGCUGACAGCCUGGAGUCAUUUGAGUCCUACGAGUCAGGUGAAGCGAAAUACGACUUCAACUGGGCUGUCAAACACGAUGACUCUGGAAACGACUUCGGGCACCAGGAGGCCCGUGACGGCGACCACACUCAGGGAUCCUACUACGUGCAGCUCCCCGACGGCCGACUGCAAACCGUCAGGUACGUCGUGGACGGCGACGACGGAUACGUGGCUGAAGUCAGCUACGAUGGCGAGGCUCGUUACCCCGAUUCAUACGAGUCCAAUGAAUCAAAAUAGAUUAUUUGACUGUUAUAACUGCACGUGAAACCCA